AUGCCUCCGCGACGUCGGCGGCUGCACGCGUGCGCAGGACUUGCACGCUGCAGCGGCCGCGGACAGCAUCCGCGGCCGAUGGCAACACGCACCAUCUACCACCACCUGAACAUCCACCAUGCAAGCUGUGCUGCGACGAGCAGGAGCCACAGAGAGCCUGCCAUCGUAGCAGAGGAGCCAUUGCACGCAAAAGACGUCCACACGGACGCUGGAGAGGGACGAAGCGGCUAUGACAGUGGCGAGGGUGCAGCGGAGGAGGUGGUUGUGUGUGCCGCACCGCCGGCGGCGCCACAGCUCGCAAGCGCGGUCAUAGGAGGUCGAGGAGAUGGCGAGGCAGUGCACACGUUAAGGCGGUACCUACGCCCAUACGAGGAGGAAGGCGACGGUGCUGUGCUCGCGAAAGUCACUGCAGCUGCUGCGGACGCCUCUGCGACUGCUUUGCUUCUAGCAAGGCAGCCGGACGGCACGGUGGCGCCACCUCCAAGGCACACGUGCACAAAUCCAGCGAAGCUCUACACCGAAGUCUGGCAUUGGAGUGGCGACGUAGAAGAGGCGCGGCCACACACAAGCGUGGAUGAUCGACGGGCCGGCGAUGACCGCACAGCGACAGCAGAGCACCGAAGAGUUGAACGCACCCCAGAGUACGCCCGUGGUACCCGUAGUCGUUAUCGUCUCCCCGCGCACAAGCGAUUCAGGUGCGACGUGGCACCGACACUUGUAUCUUGCGCUGCUGCUACGCACGAUUUUGAAGGGAGCUGCGAUGCCACCUUGGGAGAAAGGAGAUGCGUUGCCGUAGCAGUGCUUCAUCGUCCGCCGGACUCAAGUGCACUGGAGGACGCGCGCACUGUAUCACCACUUCUCUUACCGUCCUCUCCUGCCUCCGCAAAUCGUAGCGAGAUACGCGCUCCAAUGUCCUCAACUUGGGCGGCAGCGUGCUGUCGCAGACGUGACAGUGGUGACGAGGACGACGCUUUGCUUUUGUGCUCCACCACCCCCACUUCCACCGCGGAGAUCGACAGCGAUGGUUGCCCAGAGAAUGGCUACGGUACCCUGGUACAAGGAGUGCUUGCAGAGUGUGAGGCGCGCUCUGCAGGUUCCGGAAGCGGUCGGUCGCUGGCAAUACCAAGGCAUCUCGCGGUUCAGGAGAGUAGCGCUGGCGAGGUUCUGCGAGACGGUCCGCUCACCGCUGAACCACCAAGUAGCGAGCAAAUCACAGCCGCACCCACGAACCGCGGCAGCGGCAAGAUCGCCCGCCUCAUAAACUUUUACCUAGAGCCCCGCUACCGCCAACACGCGCAGCAGAUGGCACUGCGUGAUCUUCCGCUGUCGACAUCGACGACAGUGUCAUUGUGCUCGAGCACAUCCUCCAGCGCGUUUCUCCAGCUGUUCACAGCAUCUCCUCCUUCGUGCCCUGUGGCUUGCGAGGUGAAGUGCGACGCAGCGUCGCGUACACACGACGACGAGACGGGCGCGAGGCCGGCGAUUUGGUCUAUCAUCAUGAAGUACUAUGCCGCCCAUCAUGAGUGGCAACUGCCUCCACAUGCGCCUCUUUAA